AUGGCACCCAAAGAUCUAACCGACGAGCAUGAUGUUGAGCACAUCGAUGAGAAAGGAGUACAGCCAAUUGAAGACGAGCAGCUGGCCCAGGACCGCGACCUCACGCUCAAAGUCGUCCUACGCCAGCAUCCAUGGAUUCUGUUCUGGUCAUUCUACUGGGCGACUGCCGGCAUUGCAUGGGGUUUCGAUGCUCAGAUCAACGGGGCUAUGAUAUCCGUGGCCGCCUUCCGCCGCGAUUUUGGUUACAUCAGCAAUGGCGAAGCGAUCCUCCCCGCGAAUUGGCAGACGGCCUUCAACAGUGUCAGCAGCGUGGGCCAGUUCUUCGGUGGCUUUCUCUGCUCUUGGGUUUGUGAUAAGAUCGGACGAAAAGCCUCGUUGCUAGUCGGUCUGCUCAUCACAACUGGCGCAAUCUUCGGAGAGAUAUUUUCGACUACGAAUGCCGCCUUUGUUGUUUCAAAGCUGAUCCUCGGCUUUGGCCUGGGCUUUUAUCUGACCUUGAGUCCUCUGGCCACCUCUGAGAUUGCCCCUACCGUCCUCCGAGGUAUUUCGACUGCUGGUGUAAACUUGGGUAUCGCCAUCGGUCAACUUAUAUCCAAUGGUGUUGUGAAGGGUUUCGGGGAAAGAGAGGACAGAUGGGCGUACCGCGGCCCCUUUGCUGUCCAGCUGUUUUUCGUUGUCAUUCUCGGGCUGGGUCUUCCAUUUACUCCCGAGACACCCUGGUAUCUUGUCCGACGAGGAAAGAUUGAGGACGCUAAGAAGUCCCUGCGGAAGUUGUACGGGGACAGUGCCGACAUCGAUGCCAAGGUGGCCGGCCUUGAGCGCACUAUUGCAGAGGAGGCUGCAUUCCAGUCGGAGACGCCAUCCAUGCUCCAGUGCUUCAAAGGAGUCGAUCUGACCCGGACCAUGAUCAGUAUCGGGGUCUUCGUCUGCCAGCAUUUUUCCGGCAUCGUUUUUGUGCUUGGGUACUCGACCUACUUUUUCCAACUGGCGGGUGUGAGCAAUGCGCAGAGUUUCAACCUUGGCGUGGGAGUCACGGCCUGCGGUGUCCUGGGUAACUUCUGCAGUUGGUUUUUUGUUAACUCAUUCGGGCGUCGCAAGAUAUUCCUGACCGGCAUGGUCACCCUCGACGUCCUUCUCCUGCUCAUCGGCAUCAUGGAUGUUAUCCCCACGAGCGGCGCGCAAUGGGUCCAGGCCGCUUGCACUGUUCUCUAUGCCUUUGCGUACUUUGGUACUAUCGGUGCGAUGGCGUUUACCAUCCUCGGUGAAACGAGCAGCACGACGUUGAAGGCGCCCACGAUGGCUCUCGCGACGGCAACACAGGCUGUUGUGGGGAUGGUGAUGAAUAUUGUCAUUCCCUACCUUGUCAACCCCGACGAGGCUAAUCUCAAGGGCAAGGUCGGGUUUAUUUUCGGAGGCCUGUGUACGCUUGCAACCGUCUGGAGUUUCUUCUUCGUUCCGGAACUCAAAGGGAAGUCCUACUAUGAGAUUGAUCGCAUGUUUGAAAGCAAGAUUCCUCCCAGGAAGAUGGGUUAG